GACCACAGUUAACUUAGGAGAACGAGAAAAAUCAUCAUGGCGAAUCGUGGUUUAUCUAGGAGAACAACGAAUAAGUGGGCCAUAGACUUGACUAGUCGACCUCGUUAUGUGCCCGAUAGACAGUUUGUUCAGCAUAGUGAGCUUCCAGCACCGCUUGGGUACUCAGAGCAAAGAGUUCAGCAUGUGGAAUCCCGAGAGGCAAACAGCACUCACCUUGUGGCAAAGAAAUCUUGGGAUAUAGCCCUUGGGCCAUUCAAGCAGAUUCCAAUGAAUCUGUUCAUUAUGUACAUGGCGGGUAAUUCAAUUUCUAUCUUCCCAAUCAUGAUGGUGGGUAUGAUGUUCCUGAGGCCGGUCAAAGCUCUUCUGGCCAUCAAAUCGACUUUUGUAUCUCUUGAAGGAGAACAUGAUCAUGUUGCUCUUCAAAAAUUUUUCUAUCUUCUUGGAAACCUUUCUCUGGUUGCACUGGCACUUUACAAAUGUCAUUCCAUGGGACUCUUACCAACUGCUACUUCAGACUGGUUGGCAUUCAUGGAACACAAGACUAGAGUUGAGUACAGUGGAGGAGGAUUCAUUCUUUAGCACAAAGAAGCUUAUUUCCAGUCACAAAAGUAGUACCCCAGGCAGGCUUCUUCUAUUUACAUUUCCAAGAACAAAAACAGAUGAUGUACAAUGUGUAAAUUAAUCUGUGUAAUGAUCUGUAAAUGAUAUGAAUACUGGUAGCUUUCAGAUGAGACCUAUCCUGUAGAAAUUGAUUUUUCUCUUCCUAAACUAACUGGGGAAUCUGUUAGCCUUUUGCUCGCUAGCCCUUUACAGCCCAAACUUGUUUUUUGUUUUGGAAGUUUUCCCUUGGAAACACAAGUAAAACGCUUUGUGCAACAGUAUUCCUGUUGCUUGUCUACUGGAAGGGGAAGGGUAGAGCUAUAUGAAGUGUCCCAUUGUUUUUUCUGUGGUGCUAAAUUGAUAGUACAAAGAAGAGCAAUAAUGAUCUUGUUUUUCGUGCAAUAAAAAUGAAAAUUGAUAUAGUAUAUACUUUGUUAGACCUUGGAAUCCAAGCUGGUAGAAGCUUUUCUGCUAUGCCUUGUUUUGUGUAUAGCCUCAGUGACAAUCUUAGUGUGAAUGUUAACAAAAAUAUAAUAGGAUUAUCUAAAAGGGGUUCGAGUUACGUGUGGUGCACUUUCUUCCCUUGUAAAGUGAUAUGUAAGUAUCACUGAAAGCAUUGAUACUAAUGCUAAAUCUCAUUUGGAUUGUAUUUGAAUAAAAUUUAAGUUAUCAGUCAACAAAGAUUUAUGGUACUUUCUUAAGUAUUAAGUAAGAACGGACAUGCAGGUAUUUGAUGCUAUGCUUUCCCAAAAAUAUCUAGCUGACUAGCUCACCAUAGUGAGAUUUGUUUAUAAUUGAUUACUUUUCUCCCAAGGAAAUGAGAGUAAAAUUUGUCAAGUAAUCCUCAGGCAUCUUUGAGACUUGUUUACUCUCCCAGUAGCUCUCUCUAGCCAACAGUUUAAAUGUGGAAAGGCAAACUGCUAGGGAAUCCUGUAAAUAUACUGAGGGGGAUGGGGGUGUGUAACCUGUAAUGGACUAGCUUUCUGUCCAAGGGGGGAUAGCCCUACUUGUUGCUUCAUGCUACAGAUAAGUUUCAGCGAAGUUGGCCACCAAGCUCAAGAGCUGACUUCACAUUUCAUUUAUUCAAUUCCAUUCUAGUGUCAGAUCCAGAGGGAGGGUCAGUGAGGUUUGGAUUUUCUCCUUCCCCCUUCCAUUAGACUUGUGGAUCUCUUUACUAUUCAUCUGAAAACAAAUGUUGUUGCAAUGACAAGAUCACAUGAUUAUUACUCUCCAAUGAAGUGUGGUGUGUAACUGGGAGUGUCAGUAGAGGGGGUAGGCAUGGGUUGACUGAAAAGUAAUUGGUUUCACAAAAAGUUGAAGCUGCAUUUUCUCAAUCAAAGUUGGACCUCCAACUCAUCAAAAAUUCCCUUACACACAGACAGAUUGCAGUACUAGACUGUUAUUCUACCAAAAACUGACUUAGAUGGCAUUUCUAUUUUACUGGGAAGAUUAUUUACACUCUUAGUGUGAAUUCUCAAGGUUUUAAAGCAAAUAUUGUACUUUCACCCUGGAAAUGAAAUGUGGAAGGUGUCUAGCAUGUAAUUUUAAAUCAAAUAAAGAAAUAAUUCAACUGGAA